GAUGCCUGGUGUUCAGAAGUUUUCCAAUGCGCGCUCCGAAAGAAGGAGGUGGCAAUACUUGAGUCCAGUCAACACCCGGUACAAUAGCACUCUUUUGUAAAUAUAACGGCGGAACGUGGACACUUGGUUGGACUGAUUUCACGCUUUCAGAUAAGGCGCAUUCGAGUGGAUUUGUGGAUUGCUUCAGACUCCUUGACGUCUGUUCUUCCCCAGAGAAGUCAUGCAGGCGCGCUAUUCCGUCUCCAGUCCCAACUCGCUGGGAGUUGUGCCUUACAUCAGUAGCGACCAAAGUUAUUACCGGGCCGCCGCUGGAGGAGGAUACACCGGGAUGCCAGCACCCAUGAGCAUGUACUCUCACGCGGCACAUGACCAAUACCCCGCUAGCAUGGCGAGGGCAUAUGGACCGUAUACGCCGCAGCCUCAGCCCAAGGACAUGGUAAAACCACCCUACAGUUACAUCGCGCUCAUCACUAUGGCCAUACAGAACUCCCCGGACAAGAAGGUGACCCUUAACGGUAUCUAUCAGUUCAUAAUGGAGCGUUUCCCCUUCUACAGGGACAACAAACAAGGCUGGCAGAAUAGCAUUCGACACAACCUGUCACUUAAUGAGUGCUUUGUCAAAGUUCCCCGUGAUGACAAAAAACCUGGGAAAGGAAGCUACUGGACCCUGGACCCGGACUCGUAUAACAUGUUUGAGAACGGCAGCUUUUUGAGGCGACGACGGCGUUUCAAAAAGAAGGACGCCUUAAAGGAUAAAGAUGACCGACAGAUCAAGGAGGCGCCGUCGCGCCAGCAGCAACAGCCGCUGCAGCAGGGCCGCGACCCGGAGCAGUCUGUGCAGGGCACGCAGCCCGUUCGCAUUCAGGACAUCAAAACCGAGAACGGCACAUCCACGCCGCCGCAGGCCGUUUCUCCCACCCUAAGCACUGUUCCCAAGAUAGAGAGCCCUGACAGCAGCAGUAUGUCCAGCGGCAGCCCGCACAGCAUCCCGUCCACCCGUUCUAUCAGCCUGGACAGCGCCGGGGAACAGCAGCAGCAACAUCACCACCACGGCCAGGCCCCUGCGCAGGGCUUUAGCGUGGAUAACAUUAUGACAUCUCUCCGGGGUUCGCCUCAGAGCUCCGGCGAUCUCACCCAAUCCCUCGUGGCAUCUUCACGGACAGGUAUAACUCCCACGUUAUCUCUAAAUUAUUCUCCAAACCAGACGUCCGUUUAUAGCUCGCCGUGUAACCAGAACUCUAUAUCAACUACCUCCAACGCCACCUAUCACUGCAAUAUGCAGGCCAUGAGCUUGUACGCAGGGACAGAUCGCUCAGGCCACUUGGCAACCACUACCGUGGAUGAAACAUUGCCUGAUUACUCGCUCACGACAACCACGUCGUCCUUGAAUCACGGGAAUCUCAGCUCGACCCAGGAGGGUCACCAUCCGCACCAAGGGCGCCUCGCCUCAUGGUACCUGAACCAGGCCGGAGACAUCGGCCAUCUAAGUGCGACAUAUCCUGCACAGCAGCAGAACUUUCAUUCGGUUCGAGAAAUGUUUGAAUCGCAGAGAAUCGGGCUGAAUAAUUCGCCUGUGAACGGGAAUAACAGCUGUCAAAUGUCGUUUCCCCCGAGCCAGCCCAUAUACCGCACGUCAGGGGCUUUUGUGUACGACUGCAGCAAGUUUUGACCAAAAAAUGUUUCGUUGUUGUUAUUAUUGUUGUUGUUGAUUUUGCUUUCCCCCCUCUUUUCGUCGAUACUGAGAGACCUUGAUAUUUACCUGCUAUCCCCGUGAUGGACUGAAAAGAAACAGAAUUCAAACGCGAGACAGACAAACUUGAUCUUGGUUUAUUAAGGACAGUGUUACUUCGAAUAACACGUAAGUCUUCUUCGUUUUUGUGAGCUAUAUGCUGGGCUGUGUUGAUAUGCGUCUGACGAUUGUGGACUUGUUAUUACGUGUAAAUUGCAUAUAGUAAUUUAUUUCUAAAGUGUAGCCGGAUAUUAUGGACCAAACACCCAAAAGUGUUUCUAAAUUAAACUGCAUUAAUUGUCCAAAAGUUCCAUUAUAACGAGGAACGGAAAAUGUAUAACGCCAUAUUCUUUCAAAUUAUUUCCUUUUGUUGAAAAAAGUAUUCUGAAGGAAGUGCAUUGUUUGUUUAAUAAAUUGCCAUGC